CGGUGGUCUUCUAUCUUAGAAAGACAUAAACACAGAAAGGCACGCAACUAGAGAGUCGAUCAAAAUCAAAGGUAAAAGUAAAUAAACACAGAACGUGUUCAGGAUAAGUUCAACUCUAAAAUAGAUUAAACAUGGCUCAGCCACCAUCUUACAAUGCUGCGGUGAGUGAAGAAAAAUAUCCAACUGGGCCUCCUUACCCUUCAUACCAAAACAAUGCUUAUCCACCACCAGCACAAGGUGCAUAUCCUCCUCCAACACAAGGGGCAUAUCCUCCUCCAACACAAGGGGCAUACCCACCUGCAUAUUCUUCUCAAAAUGUUGGUGAGAAUGUGCCAUACCAAUACCCUGAAUAUAACCAAUCAGCUGACGAUGUUGAGUCUGGAUAUCGCAAACAAAGCCAAGAUGAAAUGGUUGGAAUUGUUUCAUUUGAUAAUAAAUCUCUGCGUUUGGGAUUCAUUCGAAAGGUUUUUGCAAUAUUGUCCCUUCAAAUGGCUGUUACGGUAGCAAUGUCUGCCUUGUUUAUUUUUCAUAAACCAAUACAAGAAUAUGUUAAACAGAACCUGGGAUUGUACCUGUCUGCUUAUGUCUUAUUUUUGGUGUUAUAUAUCGUGCUUGCUUGCUGUACCAGUGUUGCUCGAAAACAUCCGAUUAAUCUUAUUUUAUUGGCCCUAUUUACAUUGACUUUGUCGUACAUGGUUGCGGUCAUCUCGAGUUUUCACGAAACAAAGAUUGUAAUGCUUGCUUUUGGAAUGACAAUGAUCUGCAGUUUUGCCAUUAUUAUAUUCGCAUCACAGACGAAGUAUGAUAUUACCGUAUGCAGCGGUGCGUUGUUUAUUGCAUGUAUCUCAUUGUUCCUGUUUGGUUUGUUCGCUGCCAUUUUUGUUCCUUCUGGUAGCAUUAAGAUUGUAAAUAUUGUGUAUUCUGCGCUUGGUGCGAUGCUUUUUAUGGCGUUCCUGGCGUUUGACACACAGUUAAUCAUGGGUGGUAAAAAACAUGAGAUCAGUCCUGAGGAUUACGUUUUUGCCGCCAUGAUGUUGUACGUGGAUAUCGUUUACAUCUUCUUGUUCAUUCUCUCCUUAUUUGGAAAUAAUUAAAUAAAGAAACGCACCAAUGCUUCCAUGUGGUCAUGUAUACGCAAUUUGAUUGGAUGAUAAAAUUAGCCUCGUGGGCUGUAUAUUUAGGGUAGAGACGGGAAACGAUUAUUUAAUUCGCAAUCUUACAAGUUUGUGUUAUUCUUUAUAAUGAGAAAAACAAUUUGUAUUUUCUUGUGUUUUUUUUUAAUUAUUCUGUUAUUAAAUUACGUUCCCCAAACUUAUCUGUUCUAUUUUUUUUAUUUUUUUUUUAUUUUAUUUUUUUUUUAUUUUAUUUUUUUGUUCUAGAUUUUAUAUUAUUUUUUUAAGUAAACCAUAUUUUUAGUGAGACAACAUCAAAUCACGCAAAAAUUUGAAUUUUUUUAAUUGAAAAAUAUAAAAACCACACUCCCUCCCAGCUUCUUCCACUCACCCUAUUCUAUACCUCUACAAUACCACAAUCUCUUCAAAUAUUGAAUUGAAAAAAAAUAAUGACGGAUCAAUAUGCUAUAUCCUGGCAAAGUAGGUUAACAAGCGUAAUGUUUUUUUGUGAAAAUUAAAACUAACAGUAAUUCCACAGCCUUCUUGAAUGUCUUUUAAUCAGCAACUUGGCACCGCAGAGAAUGUGUGUUGUGUGUUGCACAUUUGCAUUGUAAGGUGAAUUUUGUGUAUAAUUAUUUGUAAUUCGCUUUGGAAACAUUGAAUAAUUACAUAAUAUCCCUAUUUUA